GCGGGAGAGGCUGCUUUUCGCCGUCUGCUUUUUGUGUCGAGUAAAAGCCGAGCAUGUCGACUCGACUCUCAGCGCGUGGAAGUUUCGGUUCAUCUGGCGAUCUACGCUGCCAAAAAGGACGGGUGCCAGUCUGCGCGAAAAGGAGGCAUUGGCAUUCGCAAGAAGGCAAACAAGUUUCAGACUCGCAUGGUCGUCUCGUCUCGCAAGGAAGAGUCUAUACGGACUGCCCUCUGCUUUCCUCCGCGCAGCUUCGAAAGAAAAGCGAGCGGAAACGACGGCAUCUGGCGACGCGUGCAGCGUUGGGAGAGGAGGGUCGACGCGGCCAGACGUUCCGAAAGUCGUAGAGUGAAGCCUUCGCGACUUCUCAGGAGACUUCCAGUAUCUGUCAGCUGCACUGCAUGUACACCUGACAGCGACUGUUCGGAGAGCCGCUUGUCUUUGCCCUUUCCAGUGGAGAGAAAAGACGAGAAGGCAGCGGAGAGGACGCCGAAUGGUUCUCACUUCUUUUCCGUUCUUCGCCUUCUGAACACUCCUAUCUGUUCGGAGGAACAAUCGCAGACACAGCACGACGAGAGACAGAAGGAGAAAAGAAUCCACUCCGAGUUUUCCUUCUUCUGCCUCUUCCCUUCUCCCUUGUCAGCGCGUCGAGCCUACCUCCUUUGAAAUAGACACAACAGAUCAGAGGUCCUCUCUCUCUGUCUCCGUUGCCUCUGUGUAUGUUUCUUCGUCCUCUCUCUCUCUGUCUGUCUGUGCAUCUCUGGCGAAUGAGGAGGCAUUCGUCUCUCUCCCGUCUGGUUCCUUCUCUUUCUCUCCUUCGUUUCGUCCGUCUCUCCGCGCACCGUCUUCCGCCUCCUCCUCUCUGAGCGUUCCAUCUUUUCCUCUCUCGCUCUGCCGGGUGCUCCCUCUCCUGUCGAUCCGGCAGAUCCGUGGUUUCGUCUCGACGUAUGCGUCGGGAAGAGGAGACCCGCGAAGGAGAAGAGAGGAGACCGCCUUGCAGGUCUCUCCAUGGUUCUGCAUGAGGCGCGUUAGACAAGUAUUUCUCUGUCCUGAUUCGUCUCGACUUCUGUUCCUUGUCGCAGGGGGAGACGCGUUUUGGAGGUCUGGGUGUUUCGCUGUCAAAGACGCCCUUCUCUAUCAGCUGCAAGUUUUAUCUGUUUCUCUCUUUGUCGCACGGUCUCUUUGUUUUCUUGUUUCUCUUCUUUCGCGUGCCUCCUCCUUCCGGUUGCUUCAUCUCUUCGUUUCGGCGCUCCUUCGGCGCCUCUUUGUUUCCUCUUUCUGUGGUUUCCAGGCUGUCUGAACAGACGCGUCUCACACUCGUCAGCUCACGUCUUCUUUCUCCAAUAUAUGUUUAUAUCCAUGUGUGUAUGUAUAUCUACGUAUCGAUGUAUG